AUGGCGACAACAAAUAUAAUGGGAAGUGCAACAUAUACGCAAACAUUUGAAAUAUUGUCAUGCUCCCCGGUUCGUGUAAGUGAGUUAAAACAAAAGUUCAUUUCAUUUUCAGUAGUCAACAUUCUCCUCUCCAUCACAGCAAUUCUCGGGAAUUCGCUUAUCCUUGUUGCCCUUCACAAGGAAUCUUCCCUCAAUCCGCCAUCCAAACUCUUGUAUCGUUGCCUGGCAACAACAGAUCUGUUGGUUGGUCUUGUUAGCCAGCCUCUCCAUGCUACAUAUUGUAUAUCCGUGGUUCUAGAACACUGGAGUAUUUGUCGAUACGCAAGGGACGCAGGGUACAUGGCAAGCUAUGCAUUAUGUGGAGUGUCUUUGUUGACGUUGACAGCCAUAAGCGUGGACCGACUUCUCGCCAUGUUGUUGCGACUGAGAUACAAAGAGAUUGUGACUUUGAGACGCACGUAUAUCAUUUUAGCUAUCGUUUGGGUUGUAUGUCUAGUCGCUGGUUUAUUCUCUCAUCUCAAUUACCGCAUAGCCCUUUGGUACAGCUUUAUAAUUAUACCAUCUUGCCUGAUAAUCUCAAUCGCCUCGUACAUAAGGAUUUUCCGCGCUCUCGGUCAUCAUCAGGCUCAAAUACAAGAUCAUGCUCGACAACAGCCGAGCCAAGCAAAUGUACUGAACAUGGCGCGAUACAGAAAGGCAGUGUACAGUACAUUGUGGGUGCAGUUAGCUUUAGUUGUCUGUUAUAUACCAGAACUUACGGUGAAAAUUGUGAUAUCUCUUUGUACAAAGCGAUGUUCGAAUUUCUUUAUAAUCCAGGGAAUGACAAUUGUCUUACUGUUCUUUAACUCUACUUUAAACCCGUUCCUUUACUGCUGGAAGAUAAGUGAAUUGAGACGAGCAGUAAAGCAGACAAUCAGGCAAGCAAUCUGCAAUGCAGAGGGGUAGAGCUAUUUUGACGUUGGCAUGUACUGUUUCAUGUAUAGCUCAUUUGAAAAAUUGUAGUUGUUUGGAUAGAGGGAAGAUGUGCCAUAUCAUGUUGAGAAGAGUAAGGAAACCUAAAAAGAGCUACUUCUAAAUGGUACAUUGUAUUCGAAUUAUCUAACGAACAACUAAGAGGUGAAAAAUAGCAGUUAAGUGACCAUAAGAAAACAAUAACAUGUCGCCAAUUUACCCAUUUCUAAUGAAAUAGCGAAGGCUAUCAAUUAUUUUGGAAUCAGCGCGCGCUCAGGAUUUUUCUUUGCGUCACUUGAAGACAUUCUGGAAACUGUCUUCGAAUGAUUGAUGGUAGCAGGGACAAAAAAAGCGGUUUUUCCCUCGCGUGAAUGAGACGGUUUGCUUUCUACGGUCCAUUGGGUUAAUGCUACAUUGUACACUUCAUUUUCUUAGUUAUAUCUCAGUUUAUAACGAUAACAGCUUAAUUUCAUGUAUUUCACCAGCAAAUGUCUACACCUGACAUUUCAUUGACUCUUUGUAAUUGAGAUCUGCAUGUUUUUUUUAUCAUUAUCAUAAUUUGCCCUCAAGCCGUUGGGACUGA